CGUAGCUCUCAUUUUAACAAAAUCCAUAUCUAACCUACAAUGGCGACAACUCCAUAUCAUCUUCAUCUUCUUGUUUUCUUUUGGCUAUUUUCCUACUCUCUUCAAGAUGAUGCAUGCCAGCUUUUGGGUUGCGGAGAAGGUCAGUGUGUGGCGGAUCACAACAGAUUAUCAUACCAUUGCGAGUGCAAUCGUGGGUGGAAGACGAUGAUGGUUGCUCCUAUGCCCUUUCCGUCGUGCAUCGUCCCAAAUUGUACAGUGGAUUUCUCAUGUGGCGGCAGAGCUCCUCCGCCGCCUCCUCCGCAACGAUCACCCUUUAAUAUCACCAAUGUUUGUAACUUGGUUUGGUGUGGCGAUGGGGACUGCGUAGCUGAUGAAAAUAGACACUAUUGUCGAUGUCACGAUGAUGCGGAUAACUUGAACAACAAUUCUUCCUUUAUAUGCGUCAAGAGAUGCGUUUUUAGAGCAGAUUGCAACCAUCUUGGUAUUGGCCUAGCAUCACCUCCGCCGCCUCCUCCUCCGCCUACUCCUAGCAAUGCCAACUCUAUUGGUUGUGUUGAACUACUACUACUACCUGCUAUCGUUGUUGUCUUCACGUCAAUAGUUAUGGCAAUGACUUAGCAAAGUAGGAUGCGCAGACACAUUCGAACAAAAGA